UUUAUAGAGCAGAAAAAAGAAAUACUAAAAUAUGUUGUGUCUCGGAUUAAAGAAGAUAAACAAGAGAAUUUCCUAAAAGAGUUUGAACAAAUACAAACAGAUUUCUCAGAAAAAGCAAAGAGAUUACCUUCCUUAGCAAUGAAAAAGCUAAAGAUAUUAGCUAUAGCAGACCUAAAUCUAGCAUUAACAAGUCAAAAUCAGUAUAUGAAAAUAUAAGUCGAAAUAUCUGUACAUGUUAUACUAAUAAAGAAAAAUUCAGAUAAUAGUUUUGCAUUUUAUUAUCCUAAU